UCUUGUCUUCUUCUUUUCUUUCUUCUUUUGUGACCUGGGCGAGACCCCCAAAUACUGACAGCAACAUUAUCUAAUGGAGUGACCUCCAGUUAGCAGCCACAGAGGCAUGAUUUAUCUCCAGUUGUCACCUAGUUAUUCUCUGCCCUUGUUGAUGCUUGACCACAUACUAUCUCCGCCACCUAUGCCAUUUCGGAAAUGCAGCAACCCAGAUGUGGCUUCUGGCCCUGGGAAGUCACUGAAGUAUAAAAGGCAGCUAAGUGAGGAUGGGAAGCAGCUGCGGAGGGGAAGCCUAGGAGGAGCCCUGACAGGGAGAUACCUCCUUCCAAACCCAGUGGCGGGGCAGGUGUGGCCAGCCUCAGCGGAGACGUCCAACCUCGUGCGCAUGCGCAGCCAGGCCCUGGGCCAGUCGGCGCCCUCGCUCACUGCCAGCCUGGAAGGGCAGCCUCCGAAGAGCCAUUUCAACUCCGCCCGGCAUCGCCAGAGACUAGUGGACCCAGCUGCUUCAAAAAAGGAACUGAGCCUCCCGCGAAGAGGAAGUCUGAUAGAUUCCCAGAAGUGGAAUUGCUUGGUCAAACGUUGCCGAACAAGCAACCGGAAAAGCUUGAUAGGCAAUGGACAGUCCCCGGCCUUGCCCAGACCACACUCACCUCUUUCUGCUCAUGCAGGAAAUAGCCCUCAAGAUAGUCCAAGAAAUUUCUCCCCCAGUGCCUCAGCCCAUUUUUCAUUUGCACGGAGAAAUGACAGGACUGAUGGUCGCCGCUGGUCCCUGGCUUCCCUCCCUUCUUCUGGCUAUGGGACAAACACACCCAGCUCCACCGUCUCUUCAUCCUGUUCCUCCCAGGAGAAGCUGCACCAGUUACCAUACCAACCAACCCCAGAUGAGCUGCACUUCUUAUCGAAACAUUUUUGUACCACUGAAAGCAUCGCCACCGAGAAUAGGUGCAGGAACACACCCAUGCGACCCCGUUCCCGAAGUCUCAGCCCUGGACGUUCCCCCGCCUGCUGUGACCAUGAAAUAAUUAUGAUGAACCAUGUCUACAAAGAAAGGUUCCCAAAGGCUACAGCUCAGAUGGAAGAGCGUCUAAAGGAAAUUAUCACCAGUUACUCCCCUGACAACGUACUUCCCCUAGCAGAUGGAGUGCUUAGUUUUACUCACCAUCAAAUUAUUGAACUGGCUCGAGAUUGUCUGGAUAAAUCCCACCAGGGGCUCAUCACCUCACGAUACUUCCUUGAAUUGCAGCACAAGUUAGAUAAGUUACUACAUGAGGCUCAUGAUCGCUCGGAAAGUGGAGAAUUGGCAUUUAUUAAACAGCUAGUCCGAAAGAUCCUAAUUGUUAUUGCCCGGCCUGCUCGUCUAUUAGAGUGCCUGGAAUUUGAUCCUGAAGAAUUUUAUUACCUAUUGGAAGCAGCAGAAGGUCAUGCAAAAGAAGGACAGGGCAUCAAAACUGACAUUCCCAGGUACAUCAUCAGCCAACUGGGACUCAAUAAGGACCCUCUGGAAGAAAUGGCUCAGUUGGGGAACUAUGAUAGUGGGACAGCAGAAACACCGGAAACUGACGAGUCAGUGAGUAGCUCUAAUGCUUCCCUGAAACUUCGAAGGAAACCUCGAGAAAGUGAUUUUGAAACGAUUAAAUUGAUUAGCAAUGGAGCCUAUGGGGCAGUCUACUUUGUUCGGCAUAAGGAAUCAAGGCAGAGGUUUGCCAUGAAGAAGAUUAAUAAACAGAACCUCAUCCUUCGAAACCAGAUUCAGCAGGCUUUUGUGGAACGGGAUAUCCUGACUUUUGCAGAAAACCCCUUUGUCGUCAGCAUGUAUUGCUCCUUUGAAACAAGGCGCCAUUUAUGCAUGGUCAUGGAAUAUGUGGAAGGGGGAGACUGUGCCACCUUAAUGAAAAAUAUGGGUCCUCUCCCCGUUGAUAUGGCCCGAAUGUAUUUUGCUGAGACGGUCCUGGCCUUGGAAUAUCUGCAUAAUUAUGGAAUUGUACACAGGGAUUUGAAACCAGACAACUUGUUGGUCACCUCCAUGGGGCACAUAAAACUGACAGAUUUUGGAUUAUCUAAGGUGGGACUAAUGAGCAUGACUACCAAUCUUUAUGAGGGUCAUAUUGAGAAGGAUGCUCGAGAGUUCCUGGAUAAACAGGUCUGUGGCACACCUGAAUACAUUGCCCCAGAAGUGAUUCUGAGACAGGGCUAUGGGAAGCCCGUAGACUGGUGGGCCAUGGGAAUUAUCCUCUAUGAAUUUCUGGUUGGAUGUGUGCCAUUCUUUGGGGACACUCCAGAGGAGCUAUUUGGACAAGUCAUCAGUGAUGAAAUCAACUGGCCUGAAAAGGAUGAGGCCCCACCACCAGAUGCCCAGGAUCUGAUUACCUUGCUUCUCAGGCAGAAUCCUCUGGAGAGGCUGGGAACAGGUGGUGCCUAUGAAGUCAAACAGCAUCGCUUCUUCCGUUCAUUGGACUGGAACAGUUUGCUGAGACAGAAGGCAGAAUUUAUUCCCCAACUGGAAUCUGAGGAUGACACAAGUUAUUUUGAUACUCGGUCAGAGAAGUAUCAUCACAUGGAAACUGAGGAAGAAGAUGACACAAAUGAUGAAGACUUUAAUGUGGAAAUAAGGCAGUUUUCCUCAUGUUCACAUAGGUUUUCCAAAGUUUUCAGCAGUAUAGAUCGAAUAACUCAGAAUUCAGGAGAAGAGAAAGAUGACUCUGGAGACAAAACCAAAAGCACAACUUUACCAUCCACAGAAACGUUAAGCUGGAGUUCAGAAUAUUCUGAAGUGCAACAGUUGUCGACAUCCAACUCUUCAGAUACUGAAAGCAACAGACAUAAACUUGGUUCUGGGCUACUUCCCAAGCUGGCUGUCUCAAUGGAGGGAGAGCACAAUGAAGUAGUGCCCUGUCCUGGAGAUGCCCACGAGGAACCUGCAAAGCCACCUCUUCCUCCUGAAGAAUAUGCUCAGGAAGAGCCCGAGGUCACCACCCCAGCCAGCACCAUCAGCAGCUCCACCCUGUCAGUUGGCAGUUUCUCAGAGCACUUGGAUCAGAUAAAUGGACGAAGCGAGUGUGUGGGCAGUACAGAUAAUUCCUCCAAGCCAUCCAGUGAUCCCGCUUCUCACAUGGCUCGGCAGCGAUUAGGAACCACAGAAAAAAAGAAAAUCUCGGGGAAAGUCACAAAGUCCCUUUCUGCCAGUGCUCUGUCCCUCAUGAUCCCAGGAGAUAUGUUUGCUGUUUCUCCCCUGGGAAGCCCAAUGUCUCCCCACUCCCUGUCCUCGGACCCUUCUUCUUCAAGAGACUCCUCGCCCAGCCGAGAUUCCUCCGCAGCCUCUGCCAGUCCCCAUCAGCCCAUAGUGAUCCACAGUUCCGGGAAGAACUACGGCUUCACCAUCCGUGCCAUUCGGGUGUAUGUGGGGGACAGUGACAUCUACACCGUGCACCACAUAGUUUGGAAUGUAGAAGAAGGAAGUCCAGCGUACCAGGCCGGACUGAAGGCUGGGGAUCUGAUCACACACAUCAACGGAGAGCCAGUGCAUGGACUCGUCCACACAGAAGUCAUAGAGCUCCUGCUAAAGAGUGGAAAUAAGGUGUCAAUCACCACCACCCCAUUUGAAAACACAUCAAUCAAAACAGGACCAGCCAGGAGAAACAGCUAUAAGAGCCGAAUGGUGAGACGGAGCAAGAAGUCCAAGAAAAAGGAAAGUCUAGAAAGGAGGAGAUCGCUCUUCAAAAAGCUAGCCAAGCAGCCAUCUCCUUUACUGCACACCAGCCGGAGUUUCUCUUGCUUGAAUCGAUCCCUGUCAUCGGGAGAGAGCCUUCCCGGUUCCCCCACUCACAGCUUGUCUCCCCGAUCUCCCACACCCAGCUAUCGCUCCACCCCUGACUUCCCAUCUGGUACCAAUUCCUCCCAGAGCAGCUCCCCAAGUUCUAGUGCCCCCAAUUCCCCAGCGGGAUCAGGACACAUCCGGCCCAGCACACUCCAUGGCCUGGCCCCCAAACUCGGUGGGCAGCGAUACCGCUCUGGAAGGCGCAAGUCAGCCGGUAGCAUCCCACUGUCCCCACUAGCCCGGACACCUUCUCCAACCCCCCAGCCCACCUCCCCACAGCGCUCACCUUCCCCACUGUUGGGACACUCACUGGGCAAUGCCAAAAUCUCUCAAGCCUUUCCCAGCAAGAUGCACUCCCCUCCCACCAUUGUCAGACACAUCGUGAGGCCCAAGAGCGCUGAACCCCCGCGAUCCCCACUGCUCAAGCGGGUACAGUCUGAGGAAAAGCUGUCACCUUCCUAUGCCAGUGACAAGAAGCACCUGUGCUCCCGCAAGCACAGCCUGGAGGUGACCCAAGAGGAGGUGCAGCGGGAGCAGUCCCAGCGGGAGGCAACACUACAGAGCCUGGAGGAGAAUGUUUGUGAUGCGCCGUCCCUCAGCCGUGCCCGGCCUGUGGAGCAAGGCUGCCUGAAACGCCCAGUCUCCCGGAAACUGGGCCGGCAGGAGUCUGUGGAGGACUUGGACCGGGACAAACUGAAGGCCAAGGUGGCGGUGAAGAAACCAGAUGGCCUCCCAGAGAAACAGGAAUCCCACCAGAAACCCCACAGCCAUAAUGAGGCAGAAACCCACUCCCUCUUUAGGCUAGAAGAGAGGGAGAAGAAAGUCCACCCCAAGGCUUUGGAAAGGUCGAGUCAUUUUGAGAACAAGGCAGCAGAGGCCCAGUCUCUGGGCAGCCUGCUGAAGGAUGCCCUCCACAAGCAGGCCAGUGUGCGGGUCAGUGAGGGUGCGAUCCCGGACGGGGCAGUGGCCAGCUGUGGCCCAGCACCUGUGGAGCACAGCGCACGCACAGGUGACUUCAAACGGGCCGCUGCCCCUGGCACCCUCCAGGACAGUCUGUGUCACUCCCCUGAAAGAUGCACUUCUGGGAAGGGAGAGAACUCGGAGAAGGCCUCCCAGGUCAAGGACUUCCUCCGAAGCGAGAAGCUGGACAGCAAGCUGGACAAUAUUGAUUACCUCCGAAAGAAAAUGUCACUUGAAGACAAAGAUGUGAAGCCCAAGAUGACAUCUGGCCCCCACGAAUGCCUGCCAGGGAAUGCAGGACGGCCCAUGAGCGGGCAGCAGGAGGCCGCACCAGCCUCCGAGAGCCGCGUGUACAUCAGUGGCAUGCAUGCAGCUCAGAUGAGCGCAGUCCCCUUCAUUCCCCUCAAGGCCUUAGCGGGCCGGGUGGACAGUGGCGCAGAAAAGCCGGGCUUGGCUGUCCCUGAGUCCCCUGUCAGAAAGAGCCCCUCUGAGUAUAAACUGGAGGGCAGGUCGGUUUCCUGCCUGAAGCCAAUUGAGGGCACACUGGACAUUGCUCUCCUGUCUGGACCUCACACCGCUAAGACAGAGCUGCCUUCACCAGAGACUGCACAGAGCCCCAGCCCUGGUGGGGACAUAGCACCCUCUGUGCCUCCGACACUCCCUGGCACUGGUGGAAAAAAGGGUGAAACUGCCAGCCUCAGAGAGCCUUCCCCUGCCAAUUUAAAGAUGAGUAAAUCCCACUUGCUCGAGCCACGGUUCCUGCCCCCAAGCCGAGGUUUCCAGAACUCACCAGCAGCUUCCCUGCCUGACCCAGAGUUAAAGCAGGAUAGGAAAGUUUUCCAACCUGCUGUCAGGGGCCCAGGAACAGUUAUAGAGAGUGAUCCCCAGCAGAGAGAAGACAGCCCCACCAAACACCAAGACCGUUCCAUGGGCCCCAAGGUCUUCCCCAGCCCUGGGAAGACCCUGCACAACAUUGACAGCACCAGCCCACAGGUCCUGAUUCCACCUGACAGGGCUCCCUCGAGAGAGAAACCAAGCCUGAAGGAACUGUCCGAAAAGGGCCCUCCCACAACCAGAGCCGAGUGGCCUGCCACAAGGGCUGACAUGCACCGAGACUGCUCUGUGCAGCUGUGUCCCCAAGAGACUGCCAAAGCCAGUGACAGUUCCCAAAAUCUCUAUUCUGUGGGAAGGACCCACCCAGAUUUCUACACGCAGACCCAGGCUGUGGAAAAAGCAAGGCCACCUUGUGGGAAAACAAACCACAGAGAUGGCCGAGAGGAGACAAGGCCCCUAGCCAGGGAUGACAAGGCCACAUGCUUGGCUGGGAAUCGUGGUGAGAAGGAGGUGGACAAAGUAAGCAGCCGUGGGGAAACCAAGCCUGCAGCUCCUCCUGCCAGGCACCCUCCACAGCCACUCAGAGUUGAGAGUGGGAAGAGCGAAAAGCUCUCUGGCUUCCCCUCUUUGCAGAAAGAAAGCCCCAACGAGCCUGAGAGGAAAGAACCGCUUCUGCAAAGGCACCUCAGCAGUGGCCCUCAGCCCCCGCCAACCACCAAAGAGCUGUCCAGACUGGCUACCCAGCAGCAGUGCACUUCCCCCAGCCACACUUCUGGCAGGGAGCUGGAGACCAUGCCUGGUGUUGCAGAACCAGGCCUGGGCCCCCAGGACGCCCCCAGGUCUGCUGUUGCUCUGUACUGUGAGAGCAGCAGCCCCAAGCCCCACCCUGGCGCUGAUCCCAGCACACCAAAGUCCAAGCAACCAGACAGGUCCCUGUCCUCACAGAAACUAAGUGUUGGAGCUGCAAAGAGCAAAGAGCCUGUCACUCAGCCACUUGGUGGCUUUAACAGAGAUGGGAAGGGCAACGCCAAGAUCAUGCUGGAUGUGUUCCCUGCCAUCCCAGGCUCCCAGAGCAAAGCCAGCAGUGCAGUUGGCCAUGGAGAGAGUGGGCCCUCUGUCCCACUGCAUACUGAAGAGGGUCUUGUAGAUGCCACGCCAAAACCCACUAGUGGCAGGCAUCCCCCAGAGAUGCAGGAGAAGCCCAUACAUUUGCCGCGGCCAGGGCACACAGGAUCCAAUGAGGUGGUAGACCAGAAACCUCCCCCUGUUAGUGAGAAGCAAAGCCUGUCUCCAAAGCAUCCCAAACCAUCCACUGUGAAAGAUAGACAGACAGACAAAAGCCCAAGUCAGCAGGCCACUGCCUUGGACAGGAAGGCCGAAGAGAAGAAAUGCACAGAAGCACUUUACUUUGCAGCCACAGAUGGUAGGAAGCAGGAGGCCAGCCUCUCCAUCACGCAUGGAGAGAGUCGGCCAAAAGGCAUGGAGAGGCCAGCCACAGGGGUGGGGAAGGGCUUCCCAGAGCCGAAGGGCAAAGGGUCUGGGCCCCAGAAGCCCUUGGCUGAGGUGGGCAAGCUCAGCAGCAUGAAACGGUCACCCUCAGCCACUGGGCAGAGUUCUUUGCGUUCUGCUGCCCUCCCAGAGAAGUUCUUGAGCUACUCCAGCUUCCCUGAGGCCCGGCUAGGGCCAGGAGCCAGAGAGACCACCCCAGCCAGUGGUGACUCCUCUUCAGCCAAGGCCAAUGGGGGCAUGCUAGAGCCUCUAGCCACCAGCCACAGGGACCACAAGAAGCCCCAGUCUUGGGGAGAUGGCAGAACCCUAAUGACAAAGAGCGACUCCUUGCCAUCCUUCCGCCUCUCUGCCACUGCCCUAGAGUCAAACCAGUCCGACUUACAUGUGUCGGGUGGAGCUGGCCACCGAGACAGGGCAUUCUCUGUAACUGCCACCAUGGGAGAAACCAAAGGGAGAGAGUCUGCCCCUGCCCAGCCUCCCCCACCUAGGAAACAGAACCAGGGCAGGGAGGUGACCAAGGCAUCAGCGACCCUAAACACAGAUCGCCCCAUCACCCUUUCUUCAGAGAAGGACUUUGUGGUGCGGCAGAGGCGGGGCAAAGAGAGUUUGCGUAGCAGCCCUCACAAAAAGGCCUCCUAAGGGGCCAGGUUCUGGGGCAGGACAGUGGAGACCUGGCCAGGUUCGAGUAUGUGACUGUUGAGACCACCUUCGAAACCAGCACUGUGGGAAUGAAUGUCCACUGGGCAGAGCUUGCGCCUCACUGAGGAGGGGGAGAGAAACAGAGGGAACCUUCUUCCAGAUGCCUUCCCAGUUGUAACCGGUAAAACUGUUACCAGAUAGUGUUCAUACAAAAAAAAAAAAAAAAAAAGUUUUUUUCCUUUACAAAAUAGAGGGUUGCUGAGAAAAGAAAUUUUUCUCUGUAAAUAUCUAGCAAUGUGUUUGGUUUGGGAUGUAGCGUCCAUACCUUGCUGCUGAUUGCAUCGUUCACUACAGCUUUUGAAAAUUAAGAUCUUUGCUUUACCACUUAGGAUCAUGUAGAAAUGAUGCAAAAUGGUCAAAACUGGGUGUAAGUAAAAAUAUAGAUACAUACACAUCUGUGUCUAUAAUCUACCUACAGAUUUUGCUCUGUGGAUGGGAAUAUUUCAAGACUCCAUUUUCAUAAGUAGAGUCAAAGAUGCAAGAAAGCCCUCAAUACAGUAGAUUGUGAGUUUUUAUGUGUAUUUUUAACCAGAGUUUUCUGAUAGUACUAUAUCAGGCCUCCAAUAUUUCCAGAUCUUAAAAUAAAACAAAAAACUGCUCCAAUCACUGCAUUUGGAAUCCUCCAUUACAAAUGGCAGGAUAAAUGGAAUCAAUCAGGUUCAUUUCAGAGUCACCCCUGUGGACACUUUUGAACCAAAGGCCAGUUGUCCUUUUCUGUAGGUUUUAUGUCUGGUCUUUACCCAAAGUAGAGCAGGGACUAUAAACACACAUCAAUUUUAUUUCUAUUUUUUCUUUUCUUUUCAAGCUCUUACAUGUAGGCCUUUACGCUGUGAGUGAGUAGUCCAAGAAGCACAGGUUUUGUGGUAGUCCUCGCACCAGCCCUGCUCUGGAAUGAAAAGGAAAAUUCCUGGCUGCACACAAAUCUGCUAGUACUUAAGUCAUAAGCAUCAGGCAUUGGAAGAGGUUUUACGUUUGCUUUUUUGAGGAAAAGAAAGGGGGGUGGAUUUUGGCAUCAUAGCGUAUAUAUAUAUAUAUAUUAAGGAAUAAUCAGGACAUCAGAUACAUUUUAACACAUAGCUGGGGCCUUAUGUUGUAGAUGAAGCUUGCUGUUUUUAGCAAGUUCCUGGGUUUCACAUUCAUUUUUGAUGCAUCAAGUAGCUCCGAACACUGCAUAACAUCCUGUCUUUAUUUGUAUGCAAAAAAUACUGUUAAUAAAAAGCAACAUUUUUGUAACUAAGAGACUUCCUGGAGCUAUUUGGUGCUUGAAUGUGACCAUCCUUUUUACUUUUGCUAAGCCUUAUUUAAAUUUUGUACACCAUGAAAUAUGUAGAAUUUGUCAAAUCAUUUUAGUGCUUUGAGGGUUCUUUAUUUGUUAUUGUUGCAGGGUUUUAUUUUGUGGUGGUGGCUUGUUUUGAAUUAUAAGAUGGCACUCACUGACAUAAGUACUGAGGCUCUAAGAGAUAGCAGAUAAGUAUUUAUAAGAUGCUUGGGAUCCAUAGCAGGAUUUUUUUGUUUUGUUUUGUUUUAUAAAAGGAAAAAUAUUACCAAUAAAUAAUCUAGCACCAAACUCCCUCGAGGGAUGUCUUAGUAUCUUCAUGCUAUAAAACUGUUUAUGUAAGCACAGCAUUAUCUUACAGCCCUGUGGAUUGUAAAUCAUCUAGCAAGGCUGUAAACACUCCAAAAACAAAGGCAUAACUUAACUAACUGCUCAGUUUGUAAAAUAAGUUGGCAAUGGCUAAAAGAAAACAGUCUGCUCCUUGCCCCCAUUUUUUUCCAUUCAGUUUUGGCCUUCCCCAUCAUUUUAUUGUGAAACUGCAAAAGAAAAAAAAUAUUUUUUACAAGAACUUAAAUGGGUUUCCAAAGUGGUCUCAAGACUUGUAAUACAUAUCUGUUUGGCAGUUGUCAUAGUCCUAUCCUUCUACACUGAUUGAGACAGGUCUGUUUGGGAGGUAGUUCAUGGUUUACAGCCUUUGCUUUUUAACUGUCCAGUUUUCUUUGAAGCACAACUAGCUGCUUGUUUACAAAGGAUAUUUUUAUGUAUAUUUUGUAUAGUGUAUUAUCAUUUUUGCCAAAUGUUUUUGCAUUUUGGAUGAGUAAAGAGUACUUAAGGUUGCAUUCAUGUAAUACUUGUUUGUUGUGAACCGCCCGAAUCAGCUGGUAGAAAUUCUCCUGUGUUCUAGUUGGUCAGUCUCUGUGUGAUUGUAAUAUGUGCUCCUCGGUAGUACUCCCAGCUGUAGACUUACCAGCUUGAAAGUUUGUUAGAAUCUGUGCAAUAAAGUGUUUGCAGUCUUAUUUUCUCUAAGAAAUCCCCCCAUGGAUGUCAUAAUUGUUGUAUAUUGAACAAAUAUUUAUACUUAUGCAAUUGCAUAACAUUGAAUAAAAAUUUAGCAUGAAAGAUAAUGACU